AAUUCAUAGCUUUAUCAAUCUAUAAAACUGUGUCAGCUGCCUUUUUGAAGCAGCAUGUGAUUAUUCUCACAGUGUAAAUCUCUUUAAUAUCUUUUAUUGCAGCUGUAUGAAGGUUCAUGAGAGAUCAAAGUCUGAAUUCAUAUAUGUAAUUGUACACCAAGGAAAGCAGAUUGGACAUUGGAAUGGUUUGACAUCUGUACAUGUAGGUAAUGGACUGAUACCUACAAUACAAACACUGUUAUAAGCAUCAGCUGAUACUGUACACUGGAUCCAUAGGAACUCAUAAAUGUACAUGCUGACCAAAUAAAAGAAUUAUCCUGAAAACACCGAAGACGCCUCACCAUCACCAUGUCGACAGCGGAAGAACGACAGCCUUUUCUUCCCAAGUCCCGGAGUCUGAGUCGGUCAGUAGACUUUCCUGUCGAUGGCCACAGCAAUGAGAGCGAUCGACGCGAGGAGGAAAGGAAUGCAAACCUUACCUUAUCAACGGAGUCGCGUCUCCAUACCUCCCACUCAACCACUAAUGGUCAGACGUUGAUGCAUGUGAUCAAAGGAAGCUUGGGAACCGGCAUGCUGGGACUACCAUUUGCAAUCAAGGAAUGUGGCAUUGUGCUUGGGCCUAUCUUGCUGCUGUUAAUUGCCAUCAUGGCUGUCCACUGUAUGCUCAUUCUCGUCCGAUGCUGUCACAAUCUCUGCAGCAGGACAUGUCAUGUUUCUCUUGAUUAUGGAGAGGUAGCAGAGACGGCUCUUAAAGAAGCUCAUAUUCCACGUUGCAUUAGAGAGAGAGCCAGAGUAGGAAGAAUAGUGGUGAAUAUAUUCCUUGUGAUAACACAGUUUGGAUUCUGUUGUGUAUACUUCCUUUUCAUUGCUGAUAAUAUACAUGCGGUAUAUGCAGAGUUUUAUCCUGAAUCGGUACCCAGUGAAAAGAUUUUUAUAUUGAUGGCAGCCCCUCUUGUCAUCCUGUUAGUCUACAUCAGAAAUCUAGAUGACUUUGCUCCGUUGUCAUCGAUUGCCAAUGUGCUCUCGCUGGUUGGAAUAGCUAUCUUAUUUGAGUAUAUGCUGACACACUUUGGAAGUGGUAAUGGAGCAUCUUUCAAACUAAGUGAACUGACAUUGGUUGGCGAUGUCAAAGGUAUUGCUUUCUUCUUCGGCACUGCCAUGUACUCAUUUGAAGGCAUUGGUGUGGUAUUGCCUUUAGAGAACAAAACCAAACAUCCAGAAGACUUUCCCAAGGUGUUGCAAAUUGGGAUGAUCGUAGUAGCAUUCCUGUACAUCUCAACGGGGACCUUUGGCUAUCUUUGCUUUGGAGACCAACUAGAGGACACAGUUACAAUUUAUCUACCAGAUAAUGGUUUAUAUACUGCAACCAAGCUGUUAUUUGUCGGUGCCAUCUAUAUAUCAUAUGGACUACAGUUCUAUGUACCACUGAGCUUUGUUUGGCCACCUAUACGAAAUAAAAUUCCUCAGGAGAGGUAUCACACUAUAGCUGAAUAUGCCUUCAGAACAAUGAUCGUCAUUAUCACAAUGAUCCUUGCCAUUGCCAUACCACAACUCUCCCUGUUCAUCUCGUUAGUCGGAGCCGUGGCCAGCUCCACCCUCGCGCUCAUCUUCCCUCCUCUUAUAGAAGAACUAACGUUUGGUUUCCAUAGUUACAGGACACCAUCGUCGAUCAUGAGGUUAAUAAAAAACAUCCUCAUCUGUUUAUUUGGUUUGAUUGGAUUCGGGGCAGGUACGUUUGUCUCCAUCCAAGGUAUUGUAGAAAAACUAUGAAUCUAUUAUGCUUUUCAUUCUGCACAUAUUUUCCUUAACCCUGGGGUUAAGCUUAGCCCACUUCGCUUACAACGUUUUAGCUUAGUGGGCUAGCAUGGUAAAAAGUGCGGUACUAUCUUGCCCUGCAAAAAAAGCAGGGUUAGCUGGCAUAUUGCUAGCACCACAAUUGCGGUGCUAAGAGAUGCAGUGUGAAACGAAACCGGGCAAAAGAAAUAUGGGGCUAAGCUUUAGCCAAUCACAGAAGUCCAAAUUGCAUGUUAGUCACGUUCUGUGUGGCAAAGUCAUCAAUAUUCAUGAGCUGUGUGAUAGUCCAGCGUUAAGGCGUUAACCCCAGCUAUGCAAAUAGUAUGGAUUUAAGAAAGUCAGUGUGAAACCAAAAAAAGAAUAGUAUGGAGUUAAGGAUAGUCCGGGGUUAUGGAUAGUAUGGGGUUAAGUAACUGCAGUGUGAAAAGCAUGUAUGUGUUUUAAGGGGAAUUUGACACCAUUUGGAUAUGAAUCAUCCAGAGUAGACCAAGAUUCACCUGACGUUAUGUAAUGUCACUGGAAAUUGCCAUAUGGUGAAGUCAUUAUCUUGCUUUUCCCUGGCCUGCAAUUGCCUGCGGCUACGCAGGCUUGGCCGAAGAAUUUCCCUUUGGGACUCCGAGUUUGCUUUCCCCCAAAGAUGUCUCUAUUACAGGUAUUUCAAAUGCUUUGCACAAAGUAUGGGACCAGCAAAACAUUAUCAACUCCCCAUGAAAGCUGGCACCCAUUGGACUUAGAUACAAAAAGGGAUCUUGUAAUAAGGUAUUCAAUUAUCCUGUUUGAAAUAAAUCGUAUCAACUCUGUACAAGUCCUCCUGAAAACAUCUAGAUCUAGUAGGCAAGAGUUUAAAUUUAUUGAUCUACUCUACCCAUCUUUAAUUAUAGAAAGCUGUUAAGUUUUACUUUCUAGCCCAAUGACAACUGAAGCUUGUUCAUUAACAAUUCUAUUCUUAUGUGUCAGUGCAAUAUAGUGCUAUACCCCAUCGCUCUCGACCCCAAAGAAAUCUUCUUUAUGAUUUUGUGUAAUUUUUAAUUUUCUCUUUUUAUUAUGGUACGGUACCGGUACAUUAUAUCUUGUACAUUUAGGUCCAUAUGAUUAUUGCAGAUGUAUGGUAAAUGUUAAUAUUAAAAGUCAUCUAUACUUUGACUUAGUGUAUAUUUGGAUUUGUGCUUGUGCAACAAAUCAGUAGUAGUUGUAUUGUGUAUUGGCUUGGCCAUGAUUGAGCAUUUAACCAUAUUGCUCAUAUCAAGUACUGUCUUUGAAUUUUAGAUUUAUCUUGUGAUUUUUGGGUUAUUAUCAUAUUUAAUAUGGAAAAGGCAAAGAAUCAUUAUUGGUGAAUAUAAUUUUUUUUUCCUACCAAAGAUUAAACUCAGAGAGAAUCUUAGAACCGAUUUGCUGCAUUUAUAUAAGUUGUCCCCCCCCCCCCCCCCCCUCCUACAUCUCAGGGGUUAUUGAUGAUUAUGCAUUAAAAGAUGUCAAAACAAUGAAGCUGAGACUAGCUAGAUGUUUUUUAAUAGCAUGGUGGGAUUA